AUUUCACCAAUUCAUUGGCGGCCAUAAGCGCUCAGGCAGUCACUUCAGCAAAUGGACGCGUGUGCAUUGUCACGGAAAAUUUGUGGCUGAUUUUUUUCGACUCUAAAGUGAUUCUAGUGCGUGUGAUUCUGGGAAAAAAUAUUGAAAAUUUGUUCCCCUAAGUCCGGGGAACCGAUUCUGACUAACACCAGUAAUUUCCCUGUGCGCCAGACAGAGGAAGGCAAAAAAAAAAAGUUCGUCUGAACGGAAGCAAGUGAGCAGGGGCUGAAUAAGCGUAGCGAAAAGAGGAAAAAGAAGCGGCUGCCAAAAUGAAUGGCGAUUCGAAGGCGCCGCUUCGGACGGUGAAAAAGGUCCAGUUCGGAAUCCUUUCACCGGACGAAAUCCGUCGGAUGUCGGUGACGGAGGGUGGCAUUCAAUAUGCCGAAACCAUGGAAGGCGGUCGGCCGAAGCUUUGCGGUCUGAUGGAUCCCCGACAGGGUGUCAUCGAUCGAACCUCUCGGUGUCAGACCUGUGCCGGAAAUAUGACCGAAUGUCCGGGUCACUUCGGUCAUAUCGAUCUGGCGAAGCCGGUGUUCCACAUCGGUUUCGUGACGAAAACAAUCAAGAUCUUACGCUGCGUUUGUUUCUACUGUUCGAAGAUGCUGGUCUCUCCGAGUAAUCCGAAGAUCAAGGAAAUCGUCAUAAAGUCCAAGGGGCAACCGAGAAAGCGUUUGGCGUAUGUUUACGAUUUGUGCAAAGGAAAGAAGAUUUGCGAGGGUGGUGAAGACAUGGACAUCACGAAGGAUGGGGCACAAGCAGAUCCGAGCAAGAAGCAAGGGCACGGUGGUUGCGGUCACUAUCAACCGUCGCUGAGGAGAACCGGAUUGGAUGUGAUUGCCGAGUGGAAGCACGUUAACGAAGAUUCGCAGGAAAAGAAGAUCAACGUAACCGCAGAACGAGUCUGGGAAAUUUUGAAGCACAUUACGGAUGAAGAAUGCUACGUGCUGGGUAUGGAUCCAAAGUUUGCGCGUCCCGAUUGGAUGAUUAUUACGGUUCUGCCGGUUCCACCGCUAGCUGUAAGACCGGCUGUCGUUAUGUUUGGAGCUACCAAGAAUCAGGACGAUUUGACGCACAAGCUAUCGGAUAUCAUCAAAGCCAACAACGAGCUGAAGAAGAACGAAGCUACCGGUGCAGCGGCUCACGUAAUUGCGGAGAACAUCAAAAUGUUGCAAUUCCACGUGGCCACGCUGGUCGACAACGAUAUGCCCGGUAUGCCGAAAGCUAUGCAAAAGAGCGGAAAGCCACUGAAGAGUGUCAAGUCCCGUUUGAAGGGUAAGGAAGGUCGUAUCCGUGGUAAUUUGAUGGGAAAACGUGUGGACUUUUCGGCUCGUACUGUAAUUACUCCUGAUCCUAAUCUACGUAUCGAUCAGGUAGGUGUUCCCCGCUCGAUUGCACAGAACAUGACUUUCCCGGAGUUGGUCACUCCAUUCAACAUUGAUAGAAUGCAGGAAUUGGUACGCAGAGGAAAUUCCCAGUAUCCAGGCGCAAAGUACAUCGUCCGUGACAACGGUGAACGAAUCGAUCUUCGUUUCCAUCCCAAAUCCAGUGACUUACAUCUGCAGUGUGGUUACAAAGUGGAACGGCAUCUUCGCGACGACGAUCUGGUCAUUUUCAACCGUCAGCCCACGCUCCACAAGAUGAGUAUGAUGGGUCAUCGUGUCAAAGUGCUCCCGUGGUCGACAUUCCGAAUGAACCUUAGUUGUACCUCACCGUACAAUGCCGAUUUUGACGGAGACGAAAUGAACCUUCACGUUCCGCAGUCGAUGGAAACGCGUGCUGAAAUCGAGAACAUCCACAUUACGCCCCGACAGAUUAUCACUCCGCAGGCAAACAAACCCGUCAUGGGUAUUGUGCAGGAUACACUAACGGCCGUUCGAAAAAUGACCAAACGUGACGUCUUCUUGGAGAAGGAACAGAUGAUGAAUCUACUCAUGUUCUUGCCGACUUGGGAUGGCAAAAUGCCACAGCCUUGCAUUCUGAAGCCGAAACCCCUCUGGACUGGAAAGCAAAUUUUCACCCUGAUCAUUCCCGGAAACGUCAACAUGAUUCGUACCCAUUCGACACAUCCGGACGAGGAAGACGAUGGCCCGUACAAGUGGAUCUCGCCGGGAGAUACCAAGGUCAUGGUAGAACACGGCGAACUGAUCAUGGGCAUUCUCUGCAAAAAGACACUGGGUACAUCGGCUGGUUCGCUGCUCCAUAUCGUAUUCCUGGAACUGGGACACGAAAUUGCCGGUCGAUUCUACGGUAACAUUCAGACUGUGAUCAACAACUGGUUGCUGCUGGAAGGUCAUAGCAUCGGUAUCGGUGACACCAUUGCCGAUCCUCAGACGUACUCCGAAAUUCAGAGGGCUAUCCGUAAGGCCAAAGAGGAUGUCAUUGGUGUUAUCCAGAAGGCUCACAACAUGGAACUGGAACCGACUCCGGGUAACACGCUUCGACAGACUUUCGAAAAUCAGGUAAAUCGUAUCCUGAACGACGCUCGUGACAAGACUGGUGGUUCCGCCAAGAAGUCGCUGACUGAAUACAACAAUCUAAAGGCUAUGGUCGUUUCCGGUGCCAAGGGGUCCAACAUUAACAUCUCUCAGGUUAUUGCUUGCGUGGGUCAACAAAACGUUGAAGGUAAGCGUAUUCCUUUCGGUUUCCGUAAGCGCACCCUACCGCACUUCAUCAAGGACGAUUACGGUCCCGAAUCGAGAGGUUUCGUGGAAAAUUCCUACCUUGCCGGGCUUACACCGACCGAGUUCUACUUCCACGCCAUGGGAGGUCGUGAAGGUUUGAUUGAUACUGCUGUAAAGACAGCCGAAACCGGUUACAUCCAGCGUCGUCUGAUCAAGGCUAUGGAGUCGGUAAUGGUAAACUAUGACGGAACAGUACGUAACUCAGUCGGACAGCUGAUUCAGCUGCGUUAUGGUGAGGACGGGUUGUGCGGAGAGACGGUAGAGUUCCAGAAUCUACCGACCAUCAAGCUGUCGAACAAGGUGUUCGAGAAGCGGUACCGUUUCGAUCCGACCAACGAACGGAACCUAAGACGGGUCUUUAACGAGGAAGUUAUCAAAGAGCUGACGGAGUCUCCGGAUGUUAUCCAAGAGAUCGAAGCCGAGUACGAGCAGUUGUUGAGGGAUCGUGAAGCGCUGCGGCAGAUUUUCCCGAACGGUGAAUCGAAAGUUGUAUUGCCUUGCAAUCUGCAGCGGAUGAUUUGGAACGUGCAGAAGAUUUUCCAUAUCAACAAACGAGGCAGUACCGAUCUGUCUCCGUUGAAGGUUAUCCAAGGUGUCCGAGAAUUAUUGACCAAGUGCGUCAUCGUAGCCGGCACGGAUCGUCUGUCGAAGCAAGCCAACGAGAACGCCACACUGCUGUUCCAGUGUUUAGUUCGAUCAACUCUCUGCACCAAAUACGUAGCCGAAGAGUUCCGCCUGAACAACGAAGCGUUCGAGUGGUUGAUAGGAGAAAUCGAAACCCGUUUCCAGCAGGCCCAGUGUAAUCCAGGUGAGAUGGUGGGUGCCUUGGCUGCCCAAUCACUCGGAGAACCCGCUACUCAGAUGACACUGAACACUUUCCAUUUUGCUGGUGUGUCCUCGAAGAACGUAACACUGGGUGUACCCAGAUUGAAGGAAAUUAUCAAUAUCUCCAAACGACCAAAGGCUCCCUCCCUAACGGUCUUCCUUACCGGUGGUGCUGCUCGUGAUGCCGAAAAGGCAAAGAACGUACUCUGCCGUCUGGAACAUACCACCUUGAGGAAGGUCACAGCCAAUACGGCCAUAUACUACGAUCCAGAUCCUCAGAGAACCGUCAUUGCCGAGGAUCAGGAGUUCGUGAACGUUUACUACGAAAUGCCCGACUUCGAUCCGACCCGCAUUUCACCCUGGCUGCUGCGUAUCGAACUAGAUCGCAAGCGUAUGACCGAUAAGAAGUUGACCAUGGAGCAGAUCGCUGAGAAGAUCAACGCUGGAUUCGGUGACGAUCUGAACUGUAUCUUUAACGACGACAACGCCGACAAACUGGUGUUGCGAAUCCGUAUCAUGAAUGGAGACGACAGCAAAUUCCAGGAAAACGAGGAGGAGAACAUGGACAAAAUGGAGGACGAUAUGUUCUUGAGGUGCAUCGAAGCGAACAUGUUGUCGGACAUGACGCUGCAGGGUAUUGAAGCCAUCGGAAAAGUGUACAUGCAUUUGCCGCAGACGGAUGCCAAGAGAAGGAUUGUCAUCACACCAGAAGGAGAGUUCAAGGCCAUCGGAGAGUGGUUGCUGGAAACUGACGGAACUUCUAUGAUGAAGGUACUGAGCGAGAGAGACGUGGAUCCCGUCCGUACGGCUAGUAACGAUAUUUGCGAGAUCUUCCAAGUGUUGGGAAUCGAGGCUGUGCGAAAAUCCGUCGAGAAGGAAAUGAACAACGUCCUGCAGUUCUACGGUCUUUACGUAAACUAUCGUCAUCUUGCGUUACUUUGCGACGUUAUGACUGCGAAAGGUCACUUGAUGGCCAUCACACGUCACGGUAUCAACAGACAGGACACGGGCGCUCUGAUGAGAUGUUCCUUCGAAGAAACGGUGGACGUGUUGAACGACGCCGCUGCUCACGCUGAAGUCGAUCCUAUGAGAGGCGUAUCAGAGAAUAUCAUUAUGGGACAGCUUCCGAGAAUGGGAACCGGUUGUUUCGAUCUGCUUCUGGACGCGGAGAAGUGUAAGCUGGGUAUGGAAAUUCCACACACAUCCAUCAUGGGUGGUUCGGGAAUGUUCUUCGGUCCUGGAGCAACCCCAAGCAUGAGUCCAGCUAUGACUCCCUGGCAACAAUCUCAAACUCCUGGUUAUUGCGAUUGGUCUCCUUCUGGGCCACCCAGUGGCAUGACUCCCGGUGGACCAAGCUUCUCACCGUCAGCACAAUCUGACGUAUCAGGUUUGUCACCAUCCUGGUCGCCCAUGCCAGGAUCUCCAAGCUCUCCUGGCCCAUCUAUGUCUCCAUACUUCCCGUCAUCUCCAAGUGCAUCUCCGUCUUACUCACCAAGCAGUCCAAACUAUGCUGCUGCAUCGCCAGGUGGCGCCUCUCCUGCGUACUCUCCAACGAGCCCCAGCUAUUCGCCGACCAGUCCAAAUUACUCACCCACAAGUCCACGGUAUUCACCAACAAGCCCGAACUACAGCCCGUCGUCACCGAACUACUCGCCAACCUCUCCAAGCUACUCACCAACUUCGCCACACUAUUCUCCGUCGCAAACCUACGGAGCAUCGAGCCCAGCGUAUUCCCCGACUUCUCCUUCAUAUUCUCCCACAAGCCCGUACUCUCCAACAUCUCCCAGCUAUUCACCCACUUCCCCUGCAUAUUCCCCAACCAGUCCAUCCUACUCCCCAUCCAGCCCAUCCUAUUCUCCAACUUCUCCAUCCUACUCGCCAACCUCUCCCAGUUAUUCACCAACAUCCCCCAACUAUACCCCCGCCACACCAUCCUACUCCCCAACCAGUCCCAACUAUUCACCCAGCUCGCCUCACUACUCCCCAACUUCACCGUCCUACUCUCCAUCGUCCCCGAAAUAUUCACCAACCUCUCCCAGCUACUCUCCAACUUCCCCAUCCUACGGUGGCAGUCCCCAGUACACUCCGGCCAGCCCACAAUACUCCCCAACCAGCCCGAAAUACUCGCCUACAUCCCCGAGCUACUCGCCAAGUUCGCCACAGCACUCGCCGGGUGGCAGCAACAAUUUCAUGGGCAGCUCACCAACAUAUUCGCCCUCGGCGAUCUACUCGCCCAACAUGUCAUCCUACUCCCCUGGAAGCCAGAAGUACUCUCCCACAAGCCCGGUGUACACACCGACCUCGCCGCAUUAUUCACCCUCGAGUCCUGCAUAUUCCCCGACAGCACAGGGAUACAGCCCCUCGAGUCCAGCCAGUCCAACCUACUCGCCGACCAGUCCGUCGUACGAGGAUAGCCCCGACGAUUAGAGAAAUCGUUGCACAACUUCCACUACUGAGAGCGACGAUCUAGAUCACGGGCAGUGAUUUUUUACCGCGUAGGAAAGCUGAUGUUUGGAUGAAGCAGGUUCUCCAAGUUGUAGUUUUUUUUUUAUUUUCAUUUAGGUUAAGUAACUAAACUAGAGAGAGUGUGUGUAUUCCAUUGUAUACUGUCGCUAUUGGCAUAGCAAUCCCAAGGGAAGAGGAACUCCAUGGGACUGUUAUGCUAAUAGCGGUAGUAUAGCUCUUUGAAAACUAGAGGUUCUGGUUGUUGAGCGCAAAUAAAGAAGAUAAAACAUGAUUCAAAUCAAUAUUUAUAACGUAUUAAAAACUUGUAUAUAGUCAUUUAGGGGUAAGCAUUUGAUGGACGACAAUUUUUUCUGUUUAAUGUGUUUGUCUCUUGAUAAAGUUAUUGCUCUAGGUUGCAUUUACAUCUUCAAUCUAAAAGAAAACAGCAAAAUUUUCCUCUCAAAAAUACCUAUCUACCAUUAUACGCACUAAGAUUAUUUUGCAGGAGUCAGAAUAUUUUAACUUGGUAUUUAAAUUGCUGAAAAAGUCGGUAAAAGUUCAAAUGACCGUUAUCCGUAAGGAAUCAAUGAAAUCGACAAACUUUAUUUUCUAUCAUUAACUGGUGUUAACGGAACUAAUUAUGUACAAGUUCGGAAUAAAUUGUCUCAUUAUUGAAUUUUACACAGAUUUUUAAACUUUUACCGAACAGUUCUGCAAUUCAAAAACCCUAACUUACUGACUGGAUUAGUGUGUAGGUACAGC